GCACAACAGUUCGAGCAACAGCAUUUAUCAUGUCCCAUUUAGGCUAUUUCCUCUUUUACAAUAUAAUUGUAAUUUACGUAUGAUAAACGUAAUAAUUUAUGGGAUAUUUAAAAUUCACGUCAGUUUAUGUUGUAGAUCAUUUUUGGAGAAGGAAAUGUAUUAAACUAGUUAAUCUAACGAUUUUAUAUAGAAAAGCUGUCGAUCGUUAGCCUAUUAGCUGCUCUGUGGUGUUCGAAUUAGGAGCCAAAGAUGACCUCCAAAACGAAAGUGGCAAAGUUGGGUUCCAAAAACAAAGAAGAUGCUCCUCAUGAGCUGGAGAGUCAGUUUAUUCUGCGGCUUCCUCAGGAAUACGCCUCUACAGUAAGACGGAUCGCCCAGUCUAGCAGCAUGAACAUGAAAGACAGACUUACUAUAGAGUUGCAUGCUGAUGGUCGCCAUGGGAUUGUACGUGUGGACCGUGUCCCUUUAGCUUGUAAAUUAGUGGAUUUACCCUGCAUCCUGGAAUCGCUAAAAACUGUUGACAAAAAGACCCUCUACAAAACUGCUGAUAUCUGUCAGAUGCUAGUAUGCACUUUGGAUGGAGACCUCUACCCUCCUCUAGAGGAGCCCACUGGCACUACAGACUCCAAAAGCAAAAAGAAAGACAAGGACAAAGACAAGAAGUUUGUCUGGAACCACGGCAUUACUCUCCCGCUGAAGAAUACGAGAAAGAGGCGGUUCAGGAAGACAGCGAGGAAGAAGUACAUUGAGUCUCCUGAUGUGGAAAAGGAGGUGAAGAGGCUCUUGAGCACAGAUGCCGAAGCCGUCAGUGUUCGAUGGGAGGUGAUUAAUGAGGAUGAGUUCAAAGAACCUGACAACAACUUAUCCCUGUCGAACCUGGAUUCCUCACCUGGAACCUCCGGACACAAGGGUCACGGCUCAUCGGUCCAGCACGAUGAGCUUCGAGAGAUCUUCAACGACAUCAGUAGUAGCAGUGAAGAUGAGGACGAGGAGGGAGACCGCCAUGACGAUGAAGAUCUUAACAUCAUGGACCCUGAAGAUGACAUGGUCAGGCAGCUCCAUGAGAAACUUAAUGAGACUGAUGGAGGAAGAGACGAGAACGACAGGAACAAUCAGAUCGUAAUGGAGUACCAAAUGCAGAUCAACAAUCUGAAGGCCAAGCUGCAGGAGACACGUGCCCGCAAAAAGCAACAAGAGAAAUUGAUCAUGGAGGUGGAAAAUCAAGCUCUGAGAUAUCGUUUCCAGACUCUCUUGAAUGAUAUGAUCAAUCAAGAGGAGCAAGAGAUGGAACAGCUGGCCUCCCUGCAAGAGCAGCUGGACUCACUGAUCGAGAAGUGAUCCUUGACAGUUACCAAGAAGACACAAUGCAAAGAACCACCCAGCGAUGACUGCUGGAUGCAUCACCAUGUCAUAACUGAAUUGGAACUUUUAAGAGUUUCCGUAAAUUCUAAUGGAUUCAACGUUUCUGUAAUGCCUAAUCAUGCCUCUUAGGUUUUAUAUACAGUAUGUAAUUUUAUGUGGGACUACUUUAAACAGUAGCAUUUUUGAGUAAACUGCAGUAUUUCAAAUAAAUUGGUAGUUGUAACCUGACAUGUCCAUGAGAUAUUUUUAAUAAACAUCAAGACUUCAGGUUCAAAGUUGUGUAAAUUAGCUGAUUGGCCCGCCAUCGGGCUGAUGAGAAAAACAAUUAUUGUCAAAGUAAACCAACACAAAAUAUGAAACGUUUGAAAUCUUAGAAGCAGUACUUUACAGUGAAUCUAUGCAUUA